AUGAGCACAUUGGUCUCUGUAUCACUUGCUUCUUUCAGAUUCUUACAUUCUGGGGCAUCUGUCGUCGUCGUUGUUGCUGGCAUCGGCCUCGUUUGCGAUGUGUCACAUUUGAUGUUGUCUGUGACUUCUCGCUGCAUCACGUCUCGGGACUUUCUGGACCAGUUCUACCUGCAAAUGUUCUCUUCUGCAAAUACGACGUUGCGAAAAGCACUGUACAAGCGGAAUACCGACAGUAGUGCUAAGGACGACAAAGAUUGCACCCAGAAGAAGGGAUCCAUUUUUACAGCGUCGCGUCGGCAUGUGGCCUCGACGAGCACUGAUUCGGAGCAGCCUCGUUCCGGUCAGCUGAAGCCCCGGUUCCGGAAGAAUGUGGGGCAGGAAUGCGCCCCCGACUGCCACAGGCCACUUUCCAUUUCGAUCGAUACUCACAGUACCGGAGAACUGGGCGCAUCCUGCGAUGUACCGAGGCGUAGCUGUAGCGCCUCACCACAUUCAUUUUACAAAUUAUCGCCGAUCUCAGGUCAUCUAUCGUGCCGCUCCUGGCGCAAAACUUCAGCACCGGUGGUCCGACUGUCGCCGUCCGUUUUCGUUGCCAGUAGGCACGAGCAUCCAACAGUGUACGAUUUUGAGGGAUGGCAUUCGGAUUCUGAAGGC